CCAGCACCACAAGGCUCGGAAGUACCAAGGACAGGGAUGGCGACUGUGGGGCCGCGGACCGGGCCGAACGCAGGAGCGGAGGCGCUGGCGCUGGCGGCAGAGCUCCAAGGCGAGGCGACCUGCUCCAUCUGCCUAGAGUUUUUCCGGGAACCGGUGUCGGUCGAGUGUGGCCACAGCUUUUGCCGCGCCUGCAUCAUGCGCUGCUGGGAGCGUCCGGGAGCUGGGACCGGCACGGUGACCCGCACGCUGCCCUGUCCACUGCCCUGCCCUCAGUGCCGCGAGCCCGCUCGCCCCAGCCAGCUGCGACCCAAUAGGCAGCUGGCCGCGGUGGCCUCACUCCUUCGGCGCUUCAGCCUACCCCCCACGGUCCCGGGGGAGAGCGGGACCCCAGCGGUGGCUGCCCCGGCGGCGGCUGCGCGUUGUCCGCAGCACGGAGAGCAACUUAAGCUCUACUGCCAAGACGACGGGCGCGCCAUUUGUGUGGUGUGCGACCGCGCCCGCGAGCACCGCUCGCACGCCGUGCUGCCGCUGGAGGAGGCAGUGCAGGAGGCCAAGGAGCUGCUGGAUUCCAGGAUGAAGGCCUUGAAGAAAGUACUGGAAGACUAUGAAGCUUUCAAGUCAACAGAGGAGAGGGAGAGCAAGGAGCUUCUAAAGCAGAUGGCAGCAGAGAAAGAGAAGGUAGGGGCAGAGUUCCAAGCCCUGCGGGCCUUCCUGGUGGAGCAGGAGGGUCGACUUCUAAGUCGACUGGAAGUACUGUCCCGGGAAGUGACACAGAAGCAGAAUGAGAACCUGGCCCAGCUGGAGGGUGACAUCACUCAGCUGUCCAAACUCAGCAGCCAGAUCCAGGAGACAGCUCAGAAGCCGGACAUAGAAUUCCUCCAGGAGUUCAAAAACACAUUAAGCAAGUGCAGCAGCGUGCCCAGCUCCAAGCCAACCACAGUUUCAUCCGAGAUGAAGAAUAAAGUGUGGAAUGUUUCCCUCAAGAGCUUCGUCUUAAAAGGAUUGCUGAAAAAGUUCAAAGAGGAUCUCCAGGGAGAGCUGGAGAAAGAAGAGAAAGUGGAACUCUCUUUGGACCCGGACACGGCCAAUCCCCGCCUCAUCUUGUCCUUGGAUCUAAAGAGCGUACGUCUAGGACAGCGCGCCCAGGACUUGCCUAACCAUCCUCGCCGCUUCGAUACCAACACCCGCGUUUUGGCGUCCUGUGGUUUCUCCUCAGGGCGACAUCACUGGGAGGUGGAAGUGGGCUCCAAGGAUGGCUGGGCUUUCGGUGUGGCCCGCGAGAGUGUGCGUCGCAAGGGUCUCACACCCUUUACCCCCGAGGAGGGCGUCUGGGCUAUGCAACUCAACAAUGGGCAAUACUGGGCGGUGACCAGCCCAGAGAGGACGCAGCUCAACUGUGGGCAGCUGUCGCGGGUGAGGGUGGCUCUGGACCUUGAGGUGGGAGCAGUGUCCUUCUAUGCAGUGGAGGACAUGCGCCACCUUUACACUUUCCGCGUCAACUUCCAGGAGCGAGUGUUCCCCCUUUUCUCUGUUUGCUCUACUGGCACCUACUUGAGAAUCUGGCCUUGAAGCUCUCUGUCGGGCUUCCUAGGAGGGGACAGGAUAGUGGUGAACUCUCCCCCGUGAGUCUGAGGUUCUUUAUCUUGGACCUUCCUUCACACCCCCCACUUCAGCUGCCUAAGAAGGCACAAAGCACAACAUAGGCUCCGAAGGCUGACUAAGCAAAGAGACGCUAUGGGUAACUAAUUGCACAGCGAAGAGAUACCUUGGACCCUUGGCGCCUGCUGGCUCCUUGUAAUGUUCCUGCAAAUUGUGUCUGAACUAUGGAAGAGGGGUCGCUCCCUGGCACAAAAGCCCAGCUUUAAGCAAAGGUGCUUCCUACCACGAGGGCUUACUGCCUUGAUUCAGAAGGGUCCCUGUUUACACAGAACAAUGUCAAAGACUGGUACCCUUGCAAAGGGUGUGAUUUGGCCUUGGGCCCUUCGCGUAUUACUUUACAUUUGUGACAACUGCAGGCUCUGCCUGGAGAGGUCCCUGAGUCUCCCGGAUCCAGCUGGCCUGGCUGGGUUGUUUAUUCAGGGAGGAGCAUCGUGAUCCCCCAAUUAGAAG